UUCUCCUCGCUGCUGCGCGUCUGGCACAAAUAUUUAACAAUGCAAAGUGUGUCUGUGCGGUAGUAGUGUCAGCGUGUGUGUGUGCGGUAGUAGUGUCAGCGCGUGUGUGUGCGGUAGUAGUGUCAGCGUGUGUGCGUGUGUGGUGCUAUUCUGUCUGCCUGUGGCAGGUGUGACAGUGCCUGGGCUACCUGUGGAUGACACUCAAUACACACCUGCGGGCAGAUCAUGAUUUUACAAGGAAGCAACAUUAUGAAUAUUAAUCCAAGUGCCAACUCCCACUCCCAUCAUCAUCAACCUACCUGGACUGCUCCCUACCCUACAUGUGAUGGAUUCUUCACGGGUCAGUGGCAUGACAUACAUCCUCAGUACUGGACUAAGUAUCAGGUCUGGGAGUGGCUGCAGCAGUUCGUGGACACCAAUCAGUUGGACGCCACUUGCAUCCCUUUCCAGGAGUUUGACAUCACCGGGGAACGCCUGUGCAGCAUGACCCUGCAGGACUUCACGCAGGCCGCGGGCGCCGCCGGGCACAUCUUGUACAGCCAUGUGCAAAGUCUCAAGUGGCACGGCCAAUAUGGGAAUCAAGUUCUUCAGUCUUUCAAUGUCGUUAUUAAGACAGAGCAAACAGAUCCUGGUCCGAUUGCUCCCUGGAAAGAAGACCCAUUUUUAUAUGAAAACAGCUAUGAUGACUACGAUGGUAAAACAUUCUGCCGUAAUCAGCUCUCGGCGGCUACAGCUAAUCACUAUAAUACAGCCUAUGCAGAACCUGACGUUAAGAAAUCUCAGGACCAUCCCCAGAGAACCAGCACAAAGAAACACAACCCCCGUGGGACACAUCUGUGGGAGUUUAUUCGAGAUAUCCUGCUUACACCUGAAAAAAACCCUGGCUUGAUAAGGUGGGAAGACCGCUCCGAGGGGGUGUUCCGAUUUCUCAAGUCCGAGGCAGUGGCACAACUAUGGGGAAAGAAGAAGAACAACAGCAGCAUGACCUACGAGAAGCUGAGCCGUGCCAUGAGAUACUACUACAAGAGAGAGAUCUUGGAGCAUGUCGAUGGGAGGCGUCUGGUCUAUAAGUUCGGGAAAAACGCGCAAGGAUGGAAGGAGAACGACAGCUGAAGCCCACUAAUGGAACACUGCAGACACUGACUAAUUUAUUUAUAUGGGGGGCACAAGAAGACGCGGGGAUUAAAGACUUGGCGCCGGCGAUGCCACUUCUCUACACUCAGGAGAAUGAUUAUGUACACAGUUUUCUGUGACUUGCAAUAUUUUAUAGGAUUUUGCUGCAUUGCAUGAGUAGCUCUUGGGAGAUUUACACAGAUAGUUGGAUGUAAUAACGCUGGAUUAUUCUCUUAUAAUUGUCUUGGUUCCGCUUUGUAUGUACAGUACGCUAUGUAAAAAUAUUUCUUUACAGAUUUUGCAAUAUCAUUGAAGGCAGCUGCAUCAUAAAAGGGGUUUCCCGGGACCCUGCGGACGGUCCCCACAAACCCACCUAACUCUGUAGGAGAAAGUCUGUAAUAUACUUACUGUAUCGAGGUUGCGUGGUCACACAACGAUCCUCUCCCGAAUAUCCAGUUUUCACCGACGUCACAUCCUUUACCAGGUUUCCGGUCUCAGCUAUGGACGGAACGUCACUUCUUCUGUGGAGGGGGCCCAGGGGUGCACCACCAAUGAGGCCAGGGGAGGCGAUCGCCUCAGGCAGCACCAGGUAGGGGCAAGCGAGGGGCAGCCAAAGGGCCAUAGGCAAAAUAGAAGGGGUUAGGUUAAUAAAUCGGCAUUGGGGGUUGGGGCGUCAUUUCAGUUUUCACCUCAGGCAGCAGAAAGGCUAGGUGCACCCCUGACGGGGCCACAACUCUUCCUCUCCCUGGUGCAUGCGAAUACUCCUGAAUGCACCUCAUCUGCACAUGCACCAGGGAGAGGAAUAGUUCUGACCCCAUCUACAGCAGACGUGAUGUCCAAGCCCAAGCAGAAAACCUGGUAAAGGACGUGACGUGGGCAGAAGCAGGAUUUUCAGAAGAGGAGUGUCCUGAGACUGUGUUCCCAUGUGACCAGUCCUACGGUAAGUAUAUUACAAACUUUCUCCUACAAGCAUAAUAUGUGUGAUUGAGGCGGGGCCCUCUGGGUACCAGAAUAUCCCUUUAAAGGGAUAUUUUGGUUGAAGCUAAUAAAGCUUAUUGAUUGAUGGUUUUCAAGAUCUUUGCAAUUUAGCAGAUGAAAAUCUGUCCUGGUCACGUGAUGAUCACACUAGUGCAGGGCUUGUUCCAGUGAGAGCACAGUUGUGUUUUUGAAUGAGCAGAGCAUCUGGGCGAUCAUUACGUGAUCAGGACAGACGUCCAUCCUCUGGAAAUCAACAGCAAAAGGUUUCCAUUCACUAAAAACCAGUAGGAAUUGAUACACAAAUGAUAUUUACUGUAACAGUAAAAAAAUAAAUCCACUGAAACCAUGAAAUAUCAAGUUUAAAAGGGCUUCUGGGACUAAUAUGUUUUAUUUUAUUUCUAAAUUUACUUAAAUCAUGUAUCAAAGGCGCCCAAUUAACCCAAAACUGUGCGACAUGUCGUACCUGCUGAUGUCACGUGUCAUGUGACAUUGUUCGACGGUUCUAGCGCCAGAGCCAUGGUCAGGUGAUGACUGUGGCAUCCGUAUGGCACCUUUGAUACUGAAUAUACAGCGAUUUAUAAAAAAAGACGCACUUUGUUAUGUAGGCGACGGUGAUGAUAGCAGUCACGUUACACGGAUUGUUACAUGUUGCAGAUAUAGGGGGCGCUCUUUUAGAGAAAGCAAUGGCGUGAUGCUGACAGCGACGAAUCAGAGAUCAGCUUGGAUUUCAUGUUCAGAGAUUCAAAAGGGUUCUCCAUACUGAACAACCCCCAUCUUAGAAUGAAAACCUACUAGUGAUCAACUGAUCGCUACAGGUCCGCCUUCCAGGUCGUCAGCUGUAAUCACCAGUGGAAGCUAAGUGUACCCGUUCACUAAAAGGCUACUCAGACUUUCCCCUGAGAUGUCGUAUUAUGACAUGGCGUCUGUUAAACAAAAUACGUGCAUGAUCCUGCCGAGUCCGCCAAGUCGGUUCUCUGCUGUAUCCCGUAGAGACCGGUCCCAAGCAGGAGUCCCCUCUUGACAUCCAUAUACUGCAGAUGGGACAACCCCUUUGCAGUUAUAUUCUGAUUGGCUGCUUUGAGCAACAUGGCCUCUUUACUGCUCACAUUUUUGCCAAAAAUAAAUAAAAAUACAUGAUCUUGCCUAGUCCGCCAAAGCCGGUUCUCUGCUGUGUCCCGUAGAGAGAGGUCCUAAGCAGGAGAGUCCCCCCUUUGACAUCCAUACACUCCAGAUCGGACAACCCUUGUCACUGUAUUCUUAUUGGCUUCUUUGGGCAACAUGGCCUCUUUACUGCUCUCAUUUUUGCCAAAAAUAAAUAAAAAUACAUGAUCUUGCCGAGUCCGCCAAAGCCGGUUCUCUGCUGUGUCCCGUAGAGAGAGGUCCUAAGCAGGUAGAGUCCCCCCUUUGACAUCCAUACACUCCAGAUCACACAACCCUUGGCACUGUAUUCUUAUUGGCUUCUUUG